AUGUCAGAAUUAGAUAUUCAAUAUGAUAAUUUGCGAACUGAUAGUAUCGAAACUGAUGAUGCUGAUUUAGCAGAAAGUAUAACAACCGAACAAACUAAUGAAUUAACAAAUACUAGUGAAGAAACUGAACUUAACACAGUUUCACUUAAUUUACGAGAGGCUUCUUGGGUUUGGGAACAUUUUUCAAAAGAAUAUAACACUAAAAAUGAACUUAAAUCAUUUAUUUAUACUAUAUGCCGCCUUAAAUAUAAGCCAACUAAUACACCAGGAACUCUUACUAAACAUUUAUAUAACAAACAUAAUAAUCUAGUUGGUAAUCGACAAAAUACUCUUGAUAAAUUUCUUCCUUUUUCUAUUGUUGAUAAUCCUUACUUUAUUACUAUGUUAAAUACAUUUGAUGCUCGGUAUUUAAUACCUUGCCGACAAACUAUACGAGCUGAAAUUUUAAAUAAAUAUAAUAGUAUGCACAAAAUAAUUUUAGAAGAACUUGAAAAGCCUAAAAAAGUAUUAAUCACAUGUGAUAUUUGGAGUUCUAUUACAAAGCAAUCAUAUCUCGGUGUUACAGUUCAUUUUAUUAAUAGUGAAUGGCAAUUACGAUAUUUUUUACUUGAUCUUCUUCCUCUUACUGAGCAACAUACUGCUGUAAACAUUCAACAAGCUAUUAUACAAGUGUUAGAUUAA